AUGAUCCUGGAUGCAGAUAGUUAGACAAUUCGUUCUGAAAAUGAAAUGCAUGAAGGUGAACAAAACCUAGGUGAGAAGAUACGGACUCCCUUUCAUGGCCCAAUCUCUUUUUUGUUGUACAAUGGCCAACUUUCAUGAAUUGCGCAAACUCAGGUACUUGUGGAACAAAAAUAAACAGUUUUAGGUAGAAUAGAACCUAAAUUUCCGUCUUCUACGUUAAUCUAUGAGUCCCACCCCACAUUCUUUACUAUAAAUGCUUCGAAAUUUCUCCACUAUUGAAGAAAUCCGAACCCGCAUUGGAAAAUCUAUUCUUAAACCCAUAGCCAGUAUGAAGAAAGCACCAUUUGAUCCAGCUCGAUUUGACCAUAAUGAAACCUUCAUCAGCGGAAUUCCCGUGCACAUCUACAACACAGCUCCUUUGAAAGACUAUUUGAGCCAAUUCGAUUUUAAGAAAGAAACUUCUCAUUUGACCAAGAUUCCCAUCAAAGUGCUCUACUUGAUCCACGGAAGAUAUAGAAAUUAUACUGAUACCGAAUCCAUGGGCUAUUACAUGACCGAUAAAUACUACAAACUUAAGGGAGAUGUUGACAUCCCUUUGGUUUUCGUUACCUUUGAUGUCUCUAAUCAUGGGAGCAGGCUCUUGAACAAACUGGCCAACAACGACUGGGCUGAAGGAAACAAAAAUCAUGCUUUGGACAUGGUAUCUAUAAUUGAUGAUUCUGUUCUCAAGUUGAAAUUAAUCAUGGACUACUUACCUUUCUACUUGAAUUUAGACCUGUUUGUUCCAAAAUUGACUGACUACAAAUUCGAAUUCAGCAAUGUUGUUAGCGGGUACUCCUUGGGUGGGCACAUCAUUCACAGAUUUGUUGAUAAAUAUCCUGAUUCCGUGGAUGUGAUUAUCCCAUUUAUUGGAAGCUCCGACAUUUCGUCUUUAAUGAUUGACAGGCUAUUGAAGGUUUCCCCCACUGGCUCCAAGAGAUACUUACAAGACUAUGAUGAACUUAAAUUCACUGAUGAACAGAAACUCCUUUACCCAAAAUCAUUCCACGAAUACGUGAGCAGUAUUGACCAGAGUGUGUCUGAAAACUUCCCUUUUGGUAGAAUCAAGAUGUUUGCAGCUUACGGAAGUGCCGACCCUAUUGUACCACCAGCUUACAGUAAAUUGUUCUGCCUGUUGCACAAAAUUGGGGAUCCGGAUACGGAAGUAUUCUAUCAAGAAGGAGUAGGUCACGAUGUCACUCUUGAAAUGCUCGAUAAGUCUGUCGAAUGGUUGGUUAAGUUUUAUUAAAAAGAUGCCAAUCGAAGGUAAUAGGCUUAACUCAAUAAACAAUUUCAGU